AUGCUUCAAAGAGCGCCUGAGGAUCAUGACUCGGGCUUGCGAGCUAUUUACGGCAACGAGAUGCGGAAAGUAGGAGCUUCAAGAGAUGUUGCUGGCUCCACGCAGCACAACAAACCGCGGUCAUCCGCACCUCCAACGCGAGCGCCCGUCGCACGGCGCACCCGACAGGCCAGCAAUCCAGCGCAUAGUCGCACAAGGGAUACGCCUGCGAUCUUAGCUGCCCAAGGACUCCGUCGAUGCGAUCAGGUCCCUAUUUCGGAAGCCUGGGCUGUGUUCGGACACAGAAACGUGGGUACCCUCCCGCGCGAUCGAAGUGCGUCUGUGACAUUCCAGGCUGGGUGUGAGCGCGAUGCUCGACCAGACGGCUUCGUCGGUCUCUUGCAUCGAUCGACCGAGGGGUCAACGCCAGCUGGCGUGCGCGCCGGACAAUGCCCGGUGUUAGCGCCUUCAGCACCGCGCCCUGUCGCAAUGACGGCGCCAUCUCAAGUACGAGCCCUCCCAGUCAAUCUAACGGCAGCGGGCGGUUGUUCUUCAUUAAACUCGACGUCUUUGCCAAUUCCUCCUUCACGGCCCUGUCAAUUCUCAACAGCGCCUCCAACAAGGGGCAGGCGUCCACACGAUAUGCCACGCAUGAUUAAUUUGUCUGCGCUGGCUACUCCGUUCGUCGCCGCCGAAGAGUCUGCCAAGAUGAUCACGGCAGUGAGCUCUCCUCCCAGUAGCCAAGCGAGGGGAACGAGCUCGACGAUGGCUGUCGCUCCAUCGAGGGUGGCGUAUGCUCUGCCUAGGCGUCCAAUGCUACGUACAGAAUCUAGUCAAAUUGGAUCAGAGACCUCUGUCUCAUCCUACGCUUCCAACACGUCUUGGAUCUCCCACGGCACCGACGUGUCCUUGCGACCAGGCGAGAUUCUACCAACCGCGCCGUUGCACCUCCGCACGCAGGAGCUCUGCGCCGUGCGACAGAGCCGUCGUGUCUCUGCGACAUCUUUCGCGUCCUCAGCAUCGCUCCAUGACAGACACCAGCAGGUGAAGAGAGCCUUAAGACCACUGAAGGACUCACCAUGCUCUGCUACCUCCUUCGCAGACCAGCGGUACGGUAGCCCCAUCGUACCUUGGUCGGAACAUUGUGGCUCUUCUCUGCCGACUCUGCUAGAGCCACCGUCAUCCAAGCGCGCCUGCCGCUUGCACUUGAGCCACCAACCUUGGCGAAGCUUUUCAGCGAACCUUCCAGACCUUCACAAAGGGACAUUUGUCGGCUCGCGUGCCACUGUAGGACCCGCAACGGGAAAGCACGCCCGUGUCCACUCUGCACAUUCGUUAUCCUUCUCCGAGCUACGGUUGCCGUCCAUCCACAUACCAGAGAGGUUGCGGCAUUUUUCGCCUGGUAGUCUACGCAGCUGGAAGGAUUCUUACCAGGGCUUUAAAGCUAGUUCCGGUAAGCAGUGUGCUCUUGAAGAAGUUCUGGGGGCGCCUAGCUCUGGCGACGAAGGUCCGUACGCGAUCUGCAAAGCUGUUGCCGAAGACGCGGCCAGCAGCCGGAAGAGCUCUGCGUCUAGCUUACAAGAGCGCUCCGUCAAUUCGAGUCGAUGCCACGACUUGCAGUCUUUCAGCAAACAACAUCCGCGAAGUUACGCUGCUGUUGCCGCUCGAUCAGGGCCGAAAAUGGCGCGUUCAGACGGACCACGUCGCGGUUUGCUCUCGCUUCGUCGCUCCCAAGAGGCCACGAAUACGCGCCCUCUGUCACCACAGCAGACGGGUCCAGCUAGACUUCAGAGGCAGGAGCAGCCCAGCCAAGCUGUGCUCAAUCAUCAUGCGAGGGUCAAUGCUGCAACUUACCCAUCGGAGCCGCCCACGUUGCCUCCUAUCUUGCCACCAGUGCGCAUCACUGGAGAACCCUUACUCAAUCUGAAUUCAUGGGGCAAUCUGGACUUUGGCACAACGGACUCAAAGCGUGCCUCGCGAUCAGCAAGAUCGAUCAAGUCUAAUCGCUAUUCGAGGAUUUCAAAUCGCAGCGAGCUGCCACCGUUCCUGCGUCCUGGCGGUGACUCGCAUCUACCGUCGUCCUCGGGUCAACGCGCACGUGACCCGCAUCAGCUCCGAGCCUCACCUAUCAGACGUGACGCUUUCCAGCGACUGCCUGAUACCAAAUCUGAGUCACGUCCAACAACCGCUCCUCACCCCAUACGUGAGCAGAGCCACGCGCAGAAUGUGUCUCAGCCCAGACGCGAGCCCGGGCACCAGCAGAGCGCUUCUCAGGGUCGUGCCUUGCCUCGCCGAGGUUCUCAACGCGUCACGCCUUUGCAUCACCAAAGAGCUGUCUUCACAAGGAAAGCAAGCACGGUCCCGGUGGACGUGACACCUGCGUCGCUACCAAUACCUCUUCCGGUGGCGGAUGAGACACCUGACCACUUGGGACCCCAGGUGCGCAUCAACACCACCUCGCUUGGCACGAUAAUCUAUACUGGUAAUGCGCCACAAGAUGCUCGGUCAUUGAACGGGGGCGCUUCAGACACUUUGCCGUUUUCCCAACGAGCUCCAGCUGCUCCAGCACCAACGCAGGAGGCAAGCCAAGACGCAGCUUCACAUUGCGGUCGGCGCAAUGUCGUUGACCCGACGACAAAGUCAUCGGCAGCCUAUAGCACGAGGAGCGACCAGGCGGUCGCCCCUCAAUCUCGUCAAAGGGCAGGGUCGAAUGCUUCGCGGAGUACAAAAGUGAAUGUUCCGGUACGCGCCCCUCAGCAAUAUCUACACGACACACGUGAAGUUCAUAGGCCACCGGAACUCAGAACAAUGCUACCUCAAAGUCGAUCCCGAGCAGACUCGGCCGCGACGCGGAGCGCCAAUGUGUGCCCUCCUGCACCUUCCGCUAGGCAAUAUGUGCGAGACGUGCGUGGUCCUCUUUUCACGUUGGAUGCCACGACGAUGAUACCACGCUCUCGACCACGAGCAGAAUCUACGGCAUCACGCAUUGCCAAUGUGUGCCCUGCCGCACGCUCCGCCAAGAAUUCCCUGCCUGACACGCACGCAACAGCAAUACCGCAUCGGCAAGCAAGCACGUCGGGCAUCUCAGCAUCCGCACGCAUGUUUGCGCCGCCCAGCACGAGCCAGCUGCGGGCUCGCCCUCAGGCGCAAUUGGGAGAUUCGCAGCGUGAAGGCAGCAGCGUGCUUGCCAACCCCAAUUCAGGACAGAACGAUGUGCGCACGCCUCGGCCACCACAAGCACUCAAUCCACACGAAGUGACAUCGCAAGUAUCAUCGAGCGAGGAUGAGCUGGGCCAUGGAGUUCAAAGAAGCCGCCAGCAGCGAGCGCAAGUGGCUUGUUCGCCUCGAACAGACGAUGAGGCAAGCAAGCUUUGGAAGCAUUUGGAGCAGCGUUUGGGUGUCAACUUAUCGUGCGCCCAAGGAGAAGGGCAUGACGGCUCUGAUCGUGCUGCUGCAAAAUGCGGACCUGCUCCAAAAGCGGAUAUCGACGAUGCCGUGUCUGCAGUACAGACGGCAUGGCAAAAGACGGUCAAGAUGGAUGCUCAGUCUUCACAAGCUACCAGAGCUUCCGAAGCAGGCACCGAGUCUAGCGUCAGAUCCACGCACAGCAGGCGCGCGCCGGUCGGAUGGAUCUCUGAAAGGGGAAGUCAGGACAGCACCCUUUCUGGGUCUCGCAUCCCUGUGCCCAUUAGCCAGAAGAGGGCAAGCGUGACGUCUUGUGCAGGCGGCACCUCGCGCAUUCCUAGACCGCCACUCAAAGCUCGGCCAGUGAAUGCGCGUAACCGGGAUUUGUCUGUGCUGCCAACAUCGAUCCAAUCCAGAGUGGCUCCACCAAACGCGCGGGCGAGAGGCGAGUUUGGAGUGGGAAGGCCGCGCGCAGACACAGAAACGAGCGUCUCCCUCUCUGCCACCUCUGGCAUCUCCUCGGAUAGCGAGUCAUCUCAAGAAGGUGCAAAGACUCCGAAAGACUUGCGAGCUGCAAGUCCAGUGGCAAACAAGCAGCCGACGUGCAGCUCUUCUCCAGUCGCCAUGACGCUCCUCGCUUUGCGAAGCAACACCAUUCGACGCUCCGUCAGACAGGCCAUCGACGACAGAGAUUUCGGCAUGGAAGACGAAAAUAUUGACUACAUUGGAGUGGCCCCGCGCCUUACGGCCCAAAGGUACGCGGAAAAUAACGCUGCGCUCGCCGAGCUUGGCUGCUCUUGA